AUGGAUCACCAAGAGUCUCAGAGGUCAAAUAGUUUCCAAGUACGUGGUAAAGGUAUGAUAUUUUCGCCGAGUGUGCCUGAUCUGAGUCAACGGUUCAAAAUGAUGAAUACGAGUGAGGGGUCAAUUGGUAGUGAGAGUCUGAGGUUGCCGAAGAAUGUUGAUCAAAACGCAUCAUCUACGAGCAAUUUGCUUGGGAACAAGCGACCCAAUUCUACGAUCUUGAGAGAGAAUUCUGGUGGACUGUCUGUGAUAAAUCUGUAUUGUGAACAGGAUGGGGAAGAAGGUGGUGAAGACGGUGAGAAUAGCCAGUGCCAGAUGAACAGGAGUGAUAUUGAGUUCGAGGGUGAAGGUUUACAUGAAGAUAGUCUUUCGUCUGACGCAAUGCACACAUCAGAGCAGUUACCGACUCCGAAUCCCGAGUUGCAUGGCGAAGGAGAAGGAGGUGAGGUGGAUGAGGCUCCUGGAGUGCAAGUAACGAUUCGCAAUUCAAUGACGUUAAUUGAGGACGUGAAGAGUUCGCAUUUGGACAGGUAUGGGUUUAUGAAACAGACACAGUAUAUUUCGGAGCAGGAGUACAAUGCGUGGUGGUCGGAGUAUUCUAAAUACUGUAUUCGUAGGAAGCGCAAGUGGAAAGAUCUUCUGGUGAAAUCAGGCUUGCCUGUGGAUAAUGAUUAUCCAAGCCGGUUCCCCUCGAGGUCCGAGAAAUUGAAGAGAUAUGUGAGGAAAGGUAUUCCAGCUGAAUGGAGGGGAAAUGCAUGGUGGUAUUUUGCCCGGGGCCAAGAGCUCUUGAACAAACAUAUUGGUGUCUACGAUAAGUUGUUGACCAAAAUUAAUGACCCCAAUUUUAUGAGUAAAGAUGCUGAGAUUAUAGAGAGAGACUUGCACAGAACGUUUCCGGAUAAUGUUCAUUUCCAAAAACCCAAGGGCAGUGACGAGGAUCCAGUAAUUAUAGGGUCUUUGAGGAGGGUUUUGAAAGCGUUUUCGAUAUAUAAUUCCAAGAUUGGUUAUUGCCAGUCAAUGAACUUUUUAGCUGGUCUUUUGCUUUUGUUCAUGGAUGAAGAGAGAGCAUUUUGGAUGCUUGUUAUUAUGACGUCCAAGUACCUUCCAGGCGUUCAUAGCAUAAACCUAGAAGGUGUUAACAUUAACCAAGGUGUUCUCCUACUAUGUGUCAAGGAGUAUCUGCCCCAGUUCUGGCAUAGGAUAUACUCUGAUAAAGAUAAGCGUGGCGACCAAGGAAAGAUUUCAGACAAAAACGAAUUUCUCUACAAGUUACCACCCGUCACUCUUUGUACAGCAAGCUGGUUUAUGAGUUGUUUUGUCGGUGCGGUACCCAUUGAAACUACGUUGCGAAUCUGGGACUCGCUUUUCUACGAGGGUUCACAUAUUCUCUUCAAGAUUUCUUUGGCGAUUCUAGAACUAAGCGAACACAGCUUACCUAAAUCGCACCAUCACUUCCACAAUAGACACCAGGAUGACGAAGACAUGGAACUAUUCCAAGCUAUCCAAACGUUCCCAAAACACUUGAUCAAUCCUAAUGAACUCAUAGACAAGGCCAUUUUCAAAAGACGAUUAAAGUUUAACGCUCUGGAUCAAGAAGAGAUCGAACGUUGCAAAAAGUACGUGAUAUCGCAAAGGGCGAAGUACAAGAACUUCCAAGAGGUCAUGAAGAAUGAGAACGGUGUCCCAAACAAAAGAGAUCCUAAAUUGGAUCAGGAACUAAUAGACGAAACGUUCUCAAGCGAAGGGUACGGCUUCAAAAGGGGACUAAACGGGGUCCAUUGGAACAACAACAUAAAAGAAAGAGUGCGCAGAUUAAGCAGAAAAAAGUAA